AUGGAUCGCGACUGGGAAGAUUUUUUCGACAACCUUCAGACUGCCAGAUUAAAAGACGACCAGAUUCCUGAGCUGUCGAAACCGUCUGGGCCACGGGUUGCUUCGUUGUACUAUUUGUGGCACUAUCCGACAUAUAGAACAGACCGGGAUCUUGUCAGGACCCAUGCCACAUACCCAAUUCGGAUCAAGUAUACGGCAGGCGAACCGAAUUAUAAGGAGCUGUUGGGCGACAAAGCUGAACCGCGGAUCAAGGCAGUAUGCGAGGAUUUCGCCUUGGAGGCUGUGAAAUUGGUCCCAUUCACCAUCGCCCUUGGAAAACACAACUCGGGGUUGGUCCGGAGGAAACUUGAAGAGACGGAUGGAUUGUAUCUUGAGACAUACACAAUCAAGUCGGCAAUAAAGAUGUCCGACCGCGCGACGUCUUGCAUGGACGUCCAGGAUAUCGACGAGAUCAUUGUGAACAUGGACAAUUACAGGCUGGAGAAUGCCUGGGUCCUGAUUGACCUUAUAUCAGAACAGUUGGAGAAAGACCAGUUCCAGAUUGAUCUUAUGUCUGAACCCUGA